CUAAGCCAGUCACGUCACAUGAGGGCGACACACAUCUUUGUCAGUGAACAAAAUGGCGUCUUACUGUUUGACUGUCACCAGACUGCGGCUGGUCCUCGGAAGCGGGGCGAGGCGUUUUCAUGUCUGCUCGGCCUUCAACGCCAAGGCCAAGGUGGCCAUGAGCCGCUUUGAGCCCAACAGCACCGUGAACUAUGGGAAGAUGCACGAGAACAUCAACAUCGUGCGCCAAAGGCUCGGCCGUCCUCUCACUCUGUCGGAGAAGAUCGUGUACGGUCACCUGGACGACCCGGUGGGGCAGGAUAUCGGCCGCGGCAGCACCUACCUGCGCCUGCGCCCCGACCGCGUGGCCAUGCAGGACGCCACGGCCCAGAUGGCCAUGCUGCAGUUCAUCAGCAGCGGUCUGCCCAGGGUGGCCGUGCCCUCCACCAUCCACUGCGAUCAUCUGAUCGAGGCUCAGAUCGGAGGGGUGGAGGACCUGCAGAGGGCCAAGGAAGUAAACGAGGAGGUGUACAACUUCCUUGCCUCUGCCGGAGCCAAAUACGGAGUCGGCUUCUGGAAACCCGGAUCAGGAAUCAUCCAUCAGAUCAUCCUGGAGAACUAUGCGUACCCUGGAGUGAUGCUGAUUGGUACAGACUCCCACACUCCCAAUGGCGGUGGCCUCGGCUCCAUCUGCAUCGGAGUGGGUGGAGCGGACGCUGUGGACGUCAUGGCAGGAAUCCCCUGGGAGCUCAAGUGUCCCAAUGUGAUUGGAGUGAAGCUGACGGGAAGUUUGUCUGGAUGGACCUCACCGAAGGACGUGAUCCUGAAGGUGGCCGGCAUCCUGACUGUGAAGGGCGGCACCGGAGCCAUCGUGGAGUAUCACGGGCCUGGAGUGGACUCCAUCUCCUGCACAGGAAUGGCCACAAUCUGUAACAUGGGCGCUGAGAUCGGAGCCACCACGUCCGUUUUCCCCUACAACCACCGCAUGAAGACGUACAUGGAGAAAACCGGCCGUGGAGAGAUCGCUGUGUUGGCCGAUCAGUUCAAAGAAGACUUGGUUCCAGAUAACGGCUGUGAAUACGAUCAGGUCAUUGAGAUCAACCUGAGCGAGUUGAAGCCCCACAUCAACGGGCCCUUCACCCCCGACCUGGCCCACCCUGUGUCUGAAAUCGGGGCCACGGCUAAGAAGAGCGGCUGGCCCCUGGAGGUGAAAGUCGGUCUGAUCGGCAGCUGCACCAACUCCAGCUACGAGGACAUGGGCAGGGCGGCUUCUCUGGCCAAACAGGCUCUGGAUAAAGGUCUGAAGUGCAAAGCCCAGUUCACCGUCACCCCCGGCUCCGAGCAGAUCCGCGCCACCAUCGAGAGAGACGGAUAUUCUAAGAUCCUGCGUGAUGUUGGUGGUGUUGUCCUCGCUAAUGCUUGUGGACCCUGCAUCGGUCAGUGGGACAGGAAGGAUGUGAAGAAGGGAGAGAAGAAUACUAUCGUCACGUCCUACAACAGGAACUUCACCGCCAGGAAUGAUGCUAACCCGGCUACUCAUGCUUUCGUCACCUCUCCUGAGAUCGUCACAGCCAUGGCCAUCGCUGGGACCCUCGACUUCAACCCAGAGACCGACUACCUGACCGCCGCUAACGGAGAGAAGUUCAUGCUCGGAGCCCCCCACCGGUCGACGACGCUACCCCUCCAAAGACCUUCGACCCGGGCCACGGACACCUACCACGCACCCCCCGCCGACGGCGCCGCCCUGACGGUGAUCGUGAGCCCCUCCAGUAACCGCCUCCAGCUGCUGGAGCCCUUCGACAGGUGGCACGGAAAAGACAUGGAGGAAAUGAGGGUCCUCAUCAAGGUGAAGGGAAAGUGCACCACGGACCACAUCAGUGCCGCCGGGCCCUGGCUGAAGUUCCGCGGCCAUCUGGACAACAUCUCCAACAACAUGCUGAUCGGAGCCGUCAACAUCGACAACGAGGCCAUCAACAAGGUGAAGAACCUGCUGACGGGAGAGUUCGCAGGAGUGCCCGACGUGGCCCGCCACUACAAGGCCAAUGGAGUGAACUGGGUGGUGGUUGGAGACGAUAACUACGGAGAGGGAUCCAGCAGAGAGCACGCCGCCCUGGAGCCUCGACACCUGGGAGGACGCGCCAUCAUCGUCAAGAGCUUCGCCAGAAUCCACGAGACCAACCUGAAGAAACAGGGCCUCCUUCCUCUGACGUUUGCCGACCCCAAAGACUACGACAAGAUCCGCCCCGACGACAAGAUCUCAAUCACUGGACUGAAGACCUUCGCUCCCGGCAAGCCCGUGACAGCAGUGAUCAAACACAGCAACGGCAGCCAGGAGUCAAUCACUCUGAACCACACCUUCAACACGAAUCAGAUCGAGUGGUUCCAGGCCGGCUCCGCCCUCAACAGGAUGAAGGAGCUCCAGUAAUUGAUGAAGACGAGGGAAGGAGGGGCCAGUAGGGGUCCAAUGAGGGGCCUUGGCUGGGGUUAAGAAGGGGAGAAACGUGGGCCUAGAGACGAUGGAUGAUAACCAGACUUUAGUUGGUUUAGGGAAAACUGUAGUGAUGCUCAAUUAAAGAAAACACACACACACGCAAGGUCGCUGUACAGACGAGAAGCGCACACACGCACACGAGCACGUACAGUUCACGCACAGCCAGGAUUAAUGCUAUUGCACUCCCCGGCGACAGAACCACAGCUUAGAUCCUGAAACAGGCAGCAUCACUCAUACAGACAGCACUCCUAUAAUAAUAAUAAUAAUAAUAAUAAUAAUCGGAUAUAACACGCCAUUUAUUUUCAUACUUUAGUGAAAAUACAGUCUGUUUGAAGCAUUAACAUAAAGAACACCGUUACCUUUUGUCUGGAGUAUACAAACCUGAUCUAGAUGCAGAAUAUUAUAUUAAAAAAAGAUGUUAGCAGACGAGUUGAAAGCUUCCUGCUUUAAUAUCUACUGUAAAAUCCACUCUAAAAUGUAAAAGUUCUCCAUCACACAUCCUUUAAAGUGUUUGUCUUGAUCAUUUCCAUCCAAAUGUCUCUCAAAUCGAAGUUAUUUAAGGCCUAUGAUUGUACUUUUCCUUUAACAUCAUCCCUAUUUAUUAUAACAUUGCACCAAAUGUACGUGAAAUCCAUUCGUUUUCAGUCAUUGUUCGUCUUUGUUUGGCUGCUAGGUUCCCCCUCAUGGACCUGUUGUAGCUGAGAGCCACACUGUAGACAAACUACCAGGCAAAAGGAUUUACUGUAGAAGCAUUAUUGAUAUCCCAUGCUGCACUGUUACGGUACAACUACAGCCAUCCUCUCUCACGUCCUUUUUCAUGCUUAAUCUCGCCCAGAUUUUUGCUCCCUGCUGCUCGUCCAACGCUCGCUUGCUCUUUGCUAAAUCUGUCAUGUGAUAAAACCUCCCAUUGAGUGAAAACUUGGGACUGGAACCACAGCACAUACAGCCAUUGUUAGUGACAGACGCUCCGAUUUGACUUCUUUCCAGCUGUGUUUUGUCCUUUGUGUGUAAACCUUUUCUUUGGUGGUUAACAUCAGUCUGUGAUCGCUUCCCUCUUUGCUCACCCUGUCUCUUGUUGCUCUCACUUAGGCGUGUCAAUGCAGACCAAACCUCAACCUGACACUCGCACUUCUACUGGCUAGCGCUCCAACACAUUGUACGUGAUAGGCUAAGGGGCGGGACAUCUCUAAGCGGUUGACCAAUCACAACAGAGCCGGCCAGCUGACCAAUCAUCUGAAUGUUUUCUCAUGUUGAGGUUUGGUUCUCCAUAGCAUGAGAUAGCCCGCUGUCCUUUUACACAAACUAACGCUCAACCUCGUGUCCAGACGCCUGUACACCAGCACUCUGUAGGGAGAGUGGUUUUAGGACUACUUUGCCAAGCUUUUUAUCCACUGCAAACAUUUACAUCUUCAGCGCACAUCUCUGUUGUGUUAGUAAUAAUCACGAUACAUCUUCACAGUAAAAUCACUGGAUGAAUCUUUACAGUUCCUGAGCUAAAUCCCUAUGUACUAAAGAAAGUUUGGACCCGUGUGUAAAUGAUGUGAUAUAUAUAGCUGCACUUUGUAUAGGGGCGUGUACAUAAAUAAUGAAAUAGAUAAAUAUAUAUAUAAACAAAGAGAGUGAGAAACAUGCUGUGGGCUGCCUGUCUAAAUGAGUUAAAUCUAAUAUGUCAUGAUGUAGAGUCCCCUCUGUGGCCCUCAAUAAACUGAAUAUACAUGCAUUUAAUGGGUUAACAAAACAAUUUGCAUUGUGGGUAAAUUAAAGCACAGAUAUUGGAUUGUAGAUGUCGCCUUCAACAGUGAUUAGGGACUUUUAGGAAGGGGACUUUUUUAGAUUUUUAGCUUUGUUCAAAUCGUUUUUAGGGAAGAAGGUGAUUUGAAAGAGCGGACACCCAACGUUUAAGACGUUUUGGACGUUAAUGGGUUUAGCUGUUCAUAUAUUCAACUGGAAAUCAUACACACUCCUUGCCACUGUAUUCAGAUUCACUGCCAAAGAUGCCUAAUGAAUAUGUUGAAGUAUCCAUGAGUCACCCAUUAUUAUGUGAUCUGUGAAAAUGCCCCUCAUUAUUUGAAUAUGUACAGGGAGUUGUUUCCUACAGAAUUCACCACGAUCAAUGUCUUUUUCAAAUAUCAUCUGGCAAAAAUAUUGAUUAAUCUGAUCAUCCUUUGCACAUUUAAAACCAGCCGCUUGUGAAUCACAGUUUGCUAAUGUAACCCUGAGUUUUUAAAAGUGCUACUGUAAAGUGACAAAUCAAAUUACGUUGUUAACAAAACGCAUGUCUGUGGUGUAAUUUUGUACUCGGGCGUCAAGCUUCCUCUGGUGUGUUUGAAAUAUCCUUCACAUCAUGCUUCAUGUGUUCAGAAACAGCUAAAUAAAUAUGGAAUAUAUGAACCGAUGUUUUUUCCCGUAGUGAUGAUUCCCCUCACACUCCGGUUUCAGCAUUACAUUCUUUGUAAAAGUAGAUUGUUCAAUCGUCUGCGGUUUUAUUGCUUGAGAGAUUAAAAACUGUCUUCACAAAAUGACUGGUAAAUUAAUAAAAAUGAAAUUAUGAAGUGAA